CUGGCGCGCCCCUUACCACCACCUUUCUCCCCCGCUCUCUCCCAGUCCCACACACCCGGUCGGCUCGUCCAAACAUUACCAUAUCUAUUUACCCACAUAAUCGCAAAUCACACAGGACCGACGAUCGGACAUCAUGGCCUCUGGUGUCACUGUCAACGAUGAAGUCAUCAAGGUCUUCAAUGACAUGAAAGUCAGGAAGUCAUCCUCUACCGAAGAUGUAAAAAAGCGUAAAAAGGCUGUGCUGUUUUGCCUCAGCGAUGACAAGAAGAAGAUUGUUGUGGAAGAGGGCAAGUGGAUCCUCGUUGGUGACAUUGGGGAGUCGGUGGACGACCCAUACGCCUGCUUCGUCAAACUUCUACCUCUCAACGAUUGCAGAUACGGCUUAUAUGAUGCCACAUAUGAAACAAAAGAAUCCAAGAAAGAAGACCUGGUAUUUAUAUUUUGGGCACCUGAGGGUGCUCCCUUGAAAAGCAAGAUGAUCUACGCCAGCUCUAAAGAUGCCAUUAAAAAGAAGUUCACAGGUAUCAAACACGAAUGGCAAGUCAACGGAUUAGACGACAUCCAGGACCGCGCCACCCUUGCAGACAAGUUGGGAGGAAACGUGGUGGUGUCACUCGAAGGGUUACCAUUGUAAACGGAAAUACUACGUGCCAUCUGGAUUCCAGACGCUUUCACCUUAGCAGUUGUGUCUAUAUAAUUUGGUCCUAAAGGAAUAGCUGUAGGCUUUUAUUUUGUUCAGUUUUAUUAUCUUUUUUUCGCACAAAGGAGAUCUCAUUAACAUAUGCAAAAGCCUACAAGUUAUUUUGCCAGCUGACUUCAAAAAAAAAAAUGCUGGUAUUUUAUUUUUUACCUUCGAGGAAUGUUCACUCAUCAGGUGUUUUGCCAAACAAAUAUGUACAACAGCACCACACUACCUGAGAUUAAUAACACUCCCAAAACAAAAAGUUUAGCACUGUUUUUGCAUUCUUUGCUGCCUAAACAGUGACUAAAUGCUCAGUAGAGUAGGAAAAUGUGAACGCUUUCUAUAAUGCCUUGACAGUCAUAUUCACUGCCCAGGUUACAGCUAAAAGUAAGUAUUUUGCACUAAUUAGGUUUUUCAUAUGACUGACGUAUUUAUUUGAAGUGUUCUAUCGUAUCCAAUAUGUUAUUCGACCUGGCAAAACACGUAAUAGACUAUGCAUAUAUAAAGCACUUUUUUGUUUAUACACUACAAGUUGAGACAAAAAAGUUUCGAAUAACUAUAAAGAAUAUCUAUAUUUAUGUCAACUAGAGAUGUUACCUCAGUUUUCAUUCCUGUUAUGCAUAUGGACAAGAACAGAUGAGUAUUUGACUGUUCAAUUGCCACCUUACUUUCAUUUGAAUGUACAGUACACCACCGUAAAAAGGAGGGGUUGUGGUUGCAGUUUUUUUUUUUACACUAAACAAAAUAAUUCAAAUAUAUCAGUAAAGAUGGCAAUAUGUGCAUUUGGAGCAUUAAGUGGAACAUUGUUUUUGAGAUCAGGCGAGGAGGUUGCCACUUUGCAAUAAAACCUUGUGGCAGAUAACAGAAAGAAGUGUCUUCUGUUCUGGGUUGUCUCUGAGUGUAUCUGUUCAUUAGGAGGCCUGAGAAGCAAUAAAGAGAUACAUUAAUGAUUUCCUCUAACAGGAAAUAGAAAGAUCUGGCCUAUAUGCUAUGCUAUGUUGCCUUGGUUAGUUUUUUAUUCAGAUGCAGUGAGUGUGUGACAAUCUAAUGGGCUCUGUUCAGGAGGGCAGCUUCAACUUAACGGAACAUUCUGGUAUAAAUAUAUUGUGUAUAAUUGGGAAUAAUUUCAGCUCUAUACAUUAUAUUUUCUGUGUGAAACUCCAAAUGGAAAUAAGGUGGGUUCCUUGAUACUUCUUAUAUCUAAUAUCUACACUGUUGUGCGUGAAGCCAAGCUAGUAAGGCUAUUUCUGUUGUAGUACAGCAAAUCAUUACUGACCAACCUCCGAUCAUACUGUAUGUCAUUGGAAUUGGAGAACUGUCAACUUAUGUCAUUGAAAUAUUUAUAGAUUGAAUCAUAUUUUUAUGUAAUGCUCUUUCAACCUUAGAGAACUGCAGUUUCCCAAAUUAAUCAAAUCACCUUUUUUAUACUCUCCAUCUCAGUUUCAAUGAACAGCCAGGCCAGUCUGCCCCUGUCCCUUCAUUUGAACAGGGCCAAAUGUUUCUAGGAAAGAGCGAGUGGUGCGUCUUUUACUGCAACUGGGCUGAGGGCCAGGCCUGCUGCCUUCUGCCUGUAGUGAAUUUGAUCUGCAGGCAGUGAGCAAUCCUCUGCUGGUCAGAGCUAUUUAUGGCCAACACAUGCUUUUGUGUCUUGUCAUCGUUGUCCACAAAUGGCAAAACUGGACAAGCUUCCAAAGAGCAACGAAAGGGAAGCCCUGGUAGAGGAGAAGAGUAGCACGUUAAAGUACACACGCUUGCCGCCCGCUACCAAGAAUGCUUUUCACACUCAAGAAACAGAAUAGGAAAGAAGGGGAUGGAAAAAUCACAUAGGAAAAAAAUCCUUGGUGUAUUAAUAUAAGAUGUUGUAAACCCCUGCUUAUGGGAAGUAUCUAACGCAACAGAUGGCCCAGUCCUGUGACAGCUGAAAUAUAUGGUGUAGGUUGGCGUUGGUGUCACACCAAAUAGACUUCGAACAAACUCUUGAUUGUAUCUCUGUCUGGACUGACUAUGCUACAACUUAGUGAGCAACAAGUAUUAUCCAAUGGUGUCCCCAGUGUCUAGAACGUUGUAGUAUACUAGUCAUGGUUAGGUAACCUAGUGGUUAAGAGCGUUGGGCCAGUAAACCAAAAGGUCGCUGGUUUGAAUCCCCGAGCCGACAAGGUUAAAUCUGUCCAUAUGCCCCUGAGCAAGGCAACCCUAAUUGCUUCUGUAAGUCGCUAAAGGACUUAACAUUUAAUAAUGUUAUGAAACUGGUCUGAAGGCUACUGCUGUAUAACUUAUCUUAUACGGGCUAGUCACACAAACAUGCCUAUUGAGUAAGGAAGUUACUUUUGUCCUCCGAAGAGGGAGCGUGGUGGAUGGGCCGAUUGAUAAAAUAAAAAUGUAUGAGGAUAUUAUUAGGAAGGUCAAUACAGGUUAUUCAUUUUCAUACUUUGUGACUUUUUUGUUGUUGAACUUUCAUCUUCUAGACACUGCCACAUCAAGUGCAUCCUAUAGCCUGGUGGAACCAGCCCUGCAUCCUUUGACAGGCAUAUCAUUGAUGUUGGUCUUAACUAGUCUAAAAAUAGUUUAAAAUAGUCUAAUCAAUAUAUCCAAUACAUUUGUCAACGAGCCAAUUAAAGAUUAAAUCAUAACUAUUUUCCUCUUCAGUGGAAAAUUCCAUGAACUUUUCCCUACUGUGUCUCUAUAUGAAAGAUACUGUGUUGAAUUUAGAAUGUGGUCUCUCUCAGAGCAGUACAUGUAGACACCUACAGUACAUGUAAGCCCUUAUACCCUCAUGCAUAUGUUAAACAAAGUGCCUGUUAUUCAUGUCAACUCAGAAUGUGUCUGAACAAGAAAGUAAACAAUAAAAUGAAAAUAAACAA